AAAUCUCCCAUAAUUUACUUAGUUAGUAUAAUAUAUAUGAUUCUCAUUGGGAAACCAUUUAUUUUUUUGAUUCAUUUAUCACUGAUAUUCCGAUCGUUAUCACAAAGUGUUGAUGGAGUAUAUCGUGGAUUUCCUGAUUCAUGGAAUGGUGAUCAAUUCAAAAGAAUCAAAUGCCCAUCAAAGAAUAUUCCAGUUUUUCUUGAUGGAUAUUUCUUAUGUCAGUUUUCUGCCUCUUAUGGUAAUCUUUCUGAAUCACCUGGCCGAAAAUUAACCCAUAUGAAUGAUGCGAUCGGUGCGGUUGGAUCAUUCCAAAUCAGUAAUGGCCAAGUUUAUUUUUCUGCACAAUACUACCCAUCUCGCCCAUAUAAAAUAUGGGAAUUUUAUAAUCGUAACAUGUCACAAACAUUUGUACCAUGGGCGAGAUUUUCCGCCUACAACAGAACUAGUAAGGAAAUACCAGAAAAUAUUGAUUCAGCGCCGUUUCAUCCGAAUUUAAAUUUCUGGAAAAUUGGCAAGCGCAUUGUUGCUGGAACAGAAGCACCUCAAUGGAUUGGAUAUGAAUUUGAUGUGCGAACAUUAUCUAACUUCAAAUUGUUGAAUUUAUUUGAAGAUAAUCGUAUAUUUAAAAAUGCCCAUACGUCAAUUAUUCCUUUGUCGAUGUCGAUCCACGAAAGGAUUGACUCGAAUGGAAUUCUAUGGGCUUCUUUCUUCGCUGUUGAUUCAAAAGAUAUGAAAUUUUACCAAGGCGUUUUUAUUAUCGAACCAAGCGGAGUGCGCAAAGUCGUCGGUUUAUACAAUUUUAGUGAAAUAGAUAUUCACAGUUGCACGGAAAAUGAUGAAUAUAACGGAGAAUUAUCUGAUCUUCCUGGUUAUGUGCACUCAAUUACAUCUACAGAAAACUAUAUUGUUAUACCAAUAACUUCACUUUUGCUGAAUCCAUGCAAACUUAAGGAACCGCCGAUUAAUGAAGAUUCUGAAAUUCAAAAUGGUGGAAUAUGGGGCAUGGAUUUUUAUGAGAUGGCGCCAUUAAGAUUCUUGAUAUUUGAUAAAAAUACUGGACAAUGGAGUACAGAAAAACCUCUCGAAGCCUUUCCAUCUAUGUUUAUCACGCAUCAAAUCAACGCUUUUGAAAAGGAAGGAAUAAUAAUGGCCGAUAUGGUUGCUUACGAAAAUGAUGACCCGUUCAUAAAAUAUUUCUCCACAGAUUUUCUUACGACACAAAUUUAUCCGAAAACCGCUCGGCUUCUCCGUUUUUCGUUAGAUAUCAACAAUAAUCGAGUCAUGUAUAAUUAUCUUCUAAGCAAGGGAACCACUGCAACCGAUUUUCCUCAAAUUAAUUAUGAAUAUAACGAAAAGCCAUAUCAGUGGGCUUAUGUUUUAAAUCAUCCAUUUGCUGCAGAUAAUUAUAUCAUAAAAAUCAAUGUGAACGAUCCAUCAGGAACCAAAAAUAAGGUUUUCAAAUCGCAUAGACUGGUUUUACACGAACCGUUUUUUGUUUCAAAACCUGGUGCUCGAAAUGAAGAUGCUGGUAUCCUUAUUGUUAGAGCUCUCGAUUUAAGGCAAAAUAAAGGUGUGUUGCUAAUUGUUGAUGCGGUUUCAAUGACUGAAAUCGGAAGAGCUAAUGUCUCCAUAAAUAUUCCAUUUGGAUUUCAUAAUCGCUUUUUCACUAUGAAAAACAGUAUGGAAAAUUUAGAUCCAAAAGCCAAUCUAAAAACUCCUAAAGCAAUGUGGUAUGCAAACCGUUUAACGGCCACAACAACACAAAGUUAUCGUAGAACCAAUAGAACCGCUUCAAGUAAGAUUUACUAA